AUGGCGAGCGAGAAUAGACGGGACUGGUUCUUCGCCGAUGCGAUUUGCAUCAACCAGGACGAUAUCUACGAAAGAUCUCUUCAAGUCACGUACAUGGGCGAGAUCUAUCGGAAGGCACUCGAGGUGAUAGCCUGGAUAUAUCACGAAGAUACUGACGAUCCAAAGCUCAUGACACAAUCACACAUUGAGAAGCACGUCCGAGAGCUCCAGAUGAAGGAGAAGCGAGAGGCAGUCGAAGGUGCAGAUCUCCAGCCAGACGAGCGUAAGCUCCUGACCAGUCUCCAUGACUUGGCAUGGCAGCUUGCAGCCUCAAGCGACUAUUGGUCUCGUCUAUGGAUCGUGCAAGAAAUUCUCCUUGCGAAAAAGCUCACGAUCAGGUGGUAUUCAUUCGCCUUCGACUGGGACAACAUCCGAACUCUGCAGAUCGAUGGUGUCAAUAUCCCGUCCAUUGAGCUGCAUGAAGAUGGACGCCCAUUGAAGCCACAUGCUCUGAUGGUACGUCGCACUCUCAUUCUGCUUCAUCAAGUCGUGCAGGAGCACCUAGUAAGAGGAUUGAUCCGGGCUGUCAUGUCACGGGUGCGAGUAUGCGAUAUGAAUGCUAAAAGUCAGCAGACAAUGCGCAAGGCGGGGCUUUUCCAGUACCAUCACUUGCCCAACAGUGCCGAGAAUUCGAUCAUGUGCAAACAGCUUUGGCACUGGCAUAAUAGCGCAGGCCGGGAUCUGCACGCCGGUAAGCUUCUCUCCUUCCAAGAGGCAGUGCAGUUCUUCUCUGCGCAACUAUGCAAAGUAGCUCACGACAACGUCUUUGCUCUUCUUGGUAUUGCCGAGUGCUGCAUCGAGCCUGAUUACAACAUGCCAAUGAUGGAGCUGUAUACAAGCGCGCUCUUCAACUACAUGCUCUGCCUGUGGUCACGAAGGUCGUCGAUGGCACACAACGUGGACGGUACCAAGCUGAACAACUGGGACACUCUGAACUCAGUUGGCUUAGAUUAUGACAAGCUCAAAUCCCUGGGCGAAGCGCUUAUGCAUGCUUUUCAACUCGAUCCGUUUCACGGGGUCGUGUUCCUCAUAUCCUACCAUGUCUGCAAACGAUUCGUCUCGAAUGCUGCCAUCUUAGCACAGCAAGGUCUUGCCUCGAACUGGCUUUUCCAUACGGAGUAUACGAGAUUGGAAUUCGGCAGCGCAAACGACCUCCUGAAGCGGAGGUGGUAUGAGUCGAAUGACAUGGCUCUGAGGCGUUUCCACAAUGAUCUCCUGGAUCGCUCUCACAAAGCAUUAGAUCGACACAACAAGUAUGAGAAGACAGACAGAGAAUUGGCCGCUCCAACUCAUCAUCAGCUGAAGGCGCCUGCAAAUGAUGGUCGCGUCAUGCGACACUCUGAAUGGAUACGUGCCACCAACGAUGUCUGCGACAAGAUCUGGGAGCGCUGGUCGUCUCAUGCAUCAAGGCCAAGCCUGGAUGCUUUCACAGCCUGA